AAAAAUAUAGAAUACAUAAUAAAAGCACAUUCAGAUUUAUUCUAAUAACAGAUACAUGUAGAAUUGUCAAUAUUCUGGCACUGAUAUAUAUAUAUACAUAUAAUUUGAGGAAAUUAAACAUUCUUUCUUUAAUUUUAGGAUUUGAAAGUAUUCUAGAAGGGCUGUUUGGAGCUGAAUUAUUAAAAGAUCUGAAUUUGCUUAAAGACUUUGAACCUGAAGGUGUCUCUGAUUGGUCUUUUGAUGAAAAUUGUCUUUUCUGCUGUUUGAGAAGAGAAAAAGUGAAGGAACAUUUCGUCAGUCUGGAUGAUCCAGCAUUGGAAGUUGGGCAUCACGCUCUGCUUAAACAAGAGCAAACAAAGAUCACUUGGUUUGAGAGGCAAGCAGAAGAAUUCCUCCAUGAAGUCUUUUAUCGAAAAGGUAGUCCCAGGGUCUCAGACCCCAACAUUCCCUUAGUGGCCCGCGAGAUCAUGCAGCGGAUGAUCCGGCAAUUUGCUGCUGAAUAUACCUCAAAAACUAGCUCUACUCAGGACUCCAGUUCGCCCAAUAGCACAAAGAACCAAAGCCUGCUGAAAGCAUCUCCGGUUGCCUCAUCCACUGCAGGUGCAAGAGCUCAAAAUCCCGUGCUCAGCAAACUUCUCAUGGCUGACCAGGACUCACCCUUGGACCUCACUGUCAGAAAGUCACAGUUGGACCCUAGUGAACAAGACGGAGUACUUGAUCUGUCCACUAAGAAAAGUCCAUGUGCAGGCAACGCCUCCUUGAGCCAUUCACCUGGCUGCUCUGCUACUCCUGGGAAUGGGCGACCUGGGAGACCCAGCCAGCACCAUGCAGAGGGACUUCGGAGUGGUGAUGGGGUACCCCCAAGAAGCUGGCAGGAUGGAACGAGGGAAGGGUCUGGCCACUCCACAUCUCUCAAAGUUCCAUUGGCUCGAUCACUGCAGAUAAGUGAAGAACUGCUGAGCAGAAACCAGCAUGCUACCGCUGCCAGCCAUGGGCCAUCUGGGUUGCAGAAUCACGGACAGCACAUGAUAUUAUCCAGGGAGGCUUCUUGGGCAAAACCACACUACGAAUUCAACUUUACCCGAAUGAAAUUCAGGGGAAAUGGUGCACUCCACAACAUCAGUGACCUUCCUUUUCUUACAGAAAACUCUGCUUUUCAAAAAAUGGCACUUCAAACUAAACAGGAUGGGAAAAAGGACAUGAGCCAUUCAACUCCUGUGGAUUUAAAGAUACCACAAGUUCGAGGCAUGGACCUUUCAUGGGAAUCCCGUUCUGGUGACCAGUAUAGCUAUAGCUCUUUGGUGAUGGGUUCACAAACGGAGAGCGCGCUUAGUAAAAAGUUAAGGGCUAUCCUUCCGAAACAAAAUAGGAGGAGCUUGCUGGAUCCUGGACCAGAUUCCUGGGGCUCAGAUGCUGAGCAAUCUACCUCUGGACAGCCAUAUUCCACCUCUGAUCAGGAGGGUGAUCCCGGCUCUAAGCAACCUCGGAAGAAAAGAGGCAGAUACAGACAAUACAACAGUGAGAUAUUGGAGGAAGCGAUUUCUGUGGUGAUGAAUGGGAAAAUGAGCGUUUCCAAAGCUCAGAGUAUUUAUGGGAUUCCCCACAGCACCCUGGAGUAUAAAGUGAAAGAGAGGCUGGGCACUUUGAAAAACCCUCCAAAGAAAAAAAUGAAAUUAAUGCGUUCGGAGGGACAGGAUGUCUCUGUAAAGCUUGAGAUAGAUCCCCAGAGAGAGGCAGCACACAGUGCAAAUGAGUCAAAAGAUGAUUAGGGAUGUUGUAGAGUGCCAAUUACAUAAUAAACUGAGUGAGCACUAUGGCAUUGUUCAACUCCAGCUGUGUGUACCUAACUCCUCUUCAAUCACCGGGUGCAGAACAUGUUCCAUUGCAAUUCAGCAGAGACUUGUGAGGGCACAGGGGAAAAGGGUGCUCUGAAUGUUGCAUAUUUGUAAAUUUUCUGGCUCAGUAUGGCUUAGAGCCUUUUUGUGUUUUGUUUUGUUUUGUUUUUUGGCCUUUUGCAUGUUUCUCUAAUAUUUUAUAGAGAAUUGAGUUACCUCACAAAAAAUGCAGACAUGGAAGUGGACUGCUUGCCUCUUGAGCCUGCAUGGACUUUCAGUUAUUUUACUGGGUUUGCUUUUUUCAUAUGGCCUUUUAAUAAUAAUAAUAAUCCCUUUCUUGAGCUCUUAAUACCAGACUUUGAAAACAAAAGUGGAUGAUUGGAUUAUACUUAGAUUUCCAGUUGGUUGGAAAGAAUUUUUUAAAAUAAUAAUUGGUCUGUUGGAAUUCAGAGAUUUGGGGCUGGUUUGUCAUUGGAUCUAAUAGGAGCCAUUUUGUUUUCAAUUCGGGAGGGUUUUUUUAAAUGGUUUGCAAUCUGCUUAAUGCUCACCUGGUGAGGCGGGUGGGAAUGGGAUGGGGGGGAAUCUUUACAUACGUACACUACCUGCAAAAUGCUUUGGUUAAUUUCUUUGGAACACUAUUUUCAUUGUAAUUUUCUUCAUUCUUUUAUAAAGGUGAGGGUUAGACUUGCCUGUUUGAGGAUGUAGCCUUAUCUCAAGAAACUCCUUGUAUUCUAGGAGAAUCAGGGUACACUGAAUGAUACACUAGGGUAUUCCUCAUUUUAACAAGAAUAUGGUUUUUUGUGACCAAUAUGCUUUUUGUAGAUUUGAUCCUGAGUUCACUAGACUGUGUGUUUCCAACAAUUAGUUAAAACAUACCUUUCUGGGGGUCAGAAAUACAUAUAACAUUUUACUAUAUUCUUGGGCAAACAAACAAAAACCUUCGUAAAUUCACUAAUUUCUAAAUAUUACAACCUCAGUAGUCUGACUAAAUAGUUGUAUAAAUGAAGGAUCUAUGUUAUAAUGUUCAGGGAAGAAAUUUUUACAAAUUUUAAUAAAACCUAUAAUCAGAUCAUUCUGGUCUGGUUUAGGCUGAGCAUCUUAUCGAGCUAUAGCUGUCAGGGUUGAACACCCAAUGGGUGUUUCCUUUUUAAAUACUAAAGUUGCCAGUAACAGGAAAUGUUCUUGCAUCUCCUGACAUUUUGUUUUUGUUUUAUCCACUAUUGAUUUAAUAGUGGAGUAGCACACACAUAAGUAGAUCAUCUGAAGCACUCCUAAUCCACAAUUCAGCCUUUUUAGUUAACAUCUUUUCAUUCUUAUAUUUUAAGCUUUAAGUAAAGCUUUCUGGAUCUGCAUUUUCACUGAAUUAGACUUAAUGGUUCUUCAGGUAGAGAGACAAUUUGAUCAUAGCUGUGCAAAAGAUUGAUAGGACUCCAUUCUAAUUUGCACAACCAAAAGAGGCAAUGGGAUUUGUAUGUAAGACGACGUUAAGCACUGUUCAUGGUUAGUUUUUGUCCUGAUGACUGAAAGUGGAUGCUAUGAUUCAUAGGAAGAUGGCCUAAGUAACCCCAAGACUGCUGCUUGAAUUUGGGGCAAUUAAUUGUGGGUCUUCUUGAUUUCUUGACUGAAUACAGUGGAUUGCUGGGAAGCAGAGGUUAGGCACACCAUUGCUGUCAUGUUAAAUAUGCACUUCUCAUUCUUGAGAGAGAUUGGGCUUCUAGCCCAUAUAUGCUUUGUACUACUGUUAAUGUACUUUUUUUAAAUUGCUUAAUGUAUUUCCAUACUCAAAAAGCAGAGUUCCUUAGCCUGUCCUAUAUGCCAUCUCAGUACAGACAUCUGUUUAAAGCCCUGUAGUAGUAUAGAAACUCUGCAAUAUAAUCCAGUUUCACUGGAGAUUGCAAUAAAAAUGCACUGUUUUGAAUUUGUGGUUUCAUCUGCUAUUGAAAGUGUGGGGAGAGGGUUUGCUGCAAGCUAGAAGUGUAACACUUGCAUAGACUUUAGCUGUCUGAGGUUUAACCUUUUGUGACUGUUUUUAUUUAAGUGAUGUAUGAAUUGAGUUCCGUAAAAAUCUGUUAUUAUAUUUGGUGUGCUCAUUGUGCUUACUUAAUAUUUUCAAUUUGUAUCAUUAAGUGGAUGACAAUCGUGCAGCAGAAAAAUGGUGUGCCUACCCUUUAAUGCUGCAGUUUAGAAGAGAACUAAUUGUAUGUCAUUUCAGACCAUAGGUUGAGAACUGUAAAUAGAUAGUGAUAGUUGUGUAUUCUUAUUGCUUUGGUUAGAAAAUGAAUUAAACAACCAAACAAUUUUCUCAGAUUUAAGUCCUGGGACCUGAAGAUUGUAAGAUUCUUAUCUACAAAGCUUUGAAAUGUAACACUUAUUAUCUGUGAUCACUUUCUAUUCAGGUAAAAAAAAAACCAGAAGCUUUGGAACAACCAUAUUUCCUCAAAAGGUCUCUGUUUUUAAAAAGAAAAGAAAAAGUAGGUUAUUUUUAAAGCACUAAUUGCAUUACUUUGGUAAUUGCAAUAUAAAAUAGCCAUUAUUGUUUUGUGAAGCAUGUUUAAAAUUAGUUGUCCCUUUUUAAAAUUUCAGAAGCCUCUCAAAAAUAAACAAAACGCUGCUGAAUAUUCAAAAGAUAUAAAUAUAUCUAUAUUUUAUCUUAUUGUAGGUUUUGUAAACUUAGUCGUAAUAUUCAGGUGCACCUUUUUAAUGUUAAACUUUUGUUAUAAGAUUUCAUCUUACUUGUUUUUUCCAAUGUGGCUCAUCCUGUGGCUGUAUCUUGCUUUAGAUCCCUAAGUGGUCCAUUAAAGUCAGACUGCUCUAAUAGGCGCCUUUGGUGUAGCUUUGAGUAGUAUUUGGGAGCAUUUCGCCUGUAGAAAAAAUGGAUUCAGUGUUUACCCAUUAGCAUGUUCAAUAUUCUGCUGAACAGACAUUUGCAUGACCAAAAUCCCAACUGAUCAUAGGUUGAAGUGGGAAAAUGUGGUUUGCUACUGUCUUUUUAAGAAAAUCUUUGUUUCCUCCCAUUUCUGGACAUUCUUGCAAAAUUUUGCUAGAAAUGUUUGCCUUGUUUUCCUUGCUGAUUUCCAUGGCAGGUUAAGGAAUAACCAAGUGCAAUGUUUCAGAAGUUAAGUCUGUAGGAGGAAAGUUGGGGCAUUUUUAUCAUGUAUGUUAAACCUAGAACCAGAAUUUUUGUAGAGAUAUGGCAUAUCUGUUGAUGGUGUUGUUUGCACCUGCACAACAGAAAUAAACUGUGAACAUCAUUUAUGGCAGCCUUUGCUUUUAAAGACAGUAUAUGAAGGGUGAGUUCUCCCCUUUACUCCCAGCCCAGAAGACUAAUGACUGUGUGUGUGUGGAUUUGAGAGAGAGAGAGAAUGUGAGUAUGUGUGUGUGUGUAAAAAAAUGUUUAAAAUCAAGUUUUCUAUUGUAUUGGAAUUUAGAUGUUGGUUGGUGACCUUUUGCUGCAGCAGGUUAUACAGAUGACUAAGGCUUAGUGUUGUAGGGGUACAAGUGUGGAGUUAAUUAUUGUACAGUUCUGUGGAACAAGCCCCGUGUGUAGAAAAUGUACCAGUUUUUUACUUGGAUCUGUAAAAUAUAAAAGUUAUUUCCUGAACAAUCUGGAGAUCUGAUGAACAAUUACCUCUCUAUCAGCUAUUUUAGGACCUCAUUUCCAGUGCCCCAGGCCUCUUCACCAUACUGUAGUUAUAAAGAAUUCAGGUUAUAGGAUUUGGGCUAUAGUCUUACUUUUAAUUAUCCAAAUGAAAUAAUCCCCAGAUUGAUUAAUUAGAAGCAUUUAAAGAUCCUACACUUGCAUCCCUCCAAAUGCACCAAGAAUAAAUCAAUAUUUCUUGCGAAUUCCAAGGCUGCACCCAUCUGCCUAAAGAAAAGCCUAGGUUGUAUGUAUUCUUAACUAUGUUUUGAAAUAAAUCUAAAUAACUAAAUAUUGUUUUAAGAAUACAAUUUGUCUUUUAAAGAGGAGACCAGUUUGGAACUGUUUUCUUUGUAAUAGUUGAUUUUGAAUAUUGUCAAGUAUAGGCAGUUGAGGGAACUUGAUUUUACGUAGAUACAAUAUUUAGUCAAUUCUAAUUCAAUAUACAUUUUGGAUUAAAUGCUUAUAAAUAUUGUGAGUUUUUUUAGAGGUGAAAAGAGUUAUGGCACUUGGGCAGAUGGGGAAGCACAUUUACCAUUCUCUUCUCCUAUUCAAAGCACUUUGCUAGAGCUCUAGAAAUUUAAGUCAUCUCCUUCAGUCCAAAGGUGGAAAGAUUAAUGUGCGAAACGAGAUUGCCUGAAAGAUUUAGGCAGCCUUCAAAAGAACAGUUUGUAAUGUAAACAAUUGAGAUAAGACCUCUUUUGCUUUCUUCCUUGUAGUUUCAAAAAAAUUAUGUUCUCUCCCUCUCCCUCCCUCUCCUUUUGAUAACUUGAAUUUGCUGACUGCAUAUUUUGAUACUUGCAUUUGGUGUUUUUAAUCAUUUGUCUACUUAUUGUCAGACUUUGUUUAGAAACAAUACUAUGCUUCUUCAUAUUUUAUAUUUGGUAGAGAUAGUCAUAUAGUUUCGAUCCACACUUACUGUUUUACUUCUCAGUAAAUAAGCAACAGGUUAAUAAUUUACAUGUCUUUUAACAGUAAGGAUCUCUUUACAGAAGUAUUUGCUUAAUAGGACAAAAUUGCUGACUAUGAUAGGUGAAUAAUUGGUAAAUUAUUUGGUCAUUGCUUUCCCAAAUUAACUUGUGAAAUACAGGUAGUUUCUAAGCAGUUUAAGAAAUGAAAAGAAAUUAGUUUAGUAGCUGAGAUUCUGGUUCACUUGAGACAUGAUAAUUAUUUUCCAUCAUUCACCCUACCAACAAAUUUUAGCUUCUUUCCAUCACAAAAGAGGACAAUGCAGUAGCAGUAUCAAUUAUUAUAACACCUUACAUUUGACUACUUGAUAAUUGGAUAUUAUCAUAAUUAUCCUAUGAAUUUUGAUAAUUCUUCAUAGGAAAGAAUGUGGAACAAGUUGAUCAGGAAUCAUCACUAAAUCAGAAGUGAUCUAUGGAGCUAAAAGGAAUGGAAUUAAAAGAGUUGAUUAUGCAGCUCUUGAAUAUAGAUCUUUUGGUUAUUUUUUAGAUAAUACAUCAUAGAAUAUCUAGCCAUGAGUUAAAAUUUAACAAAUGAAUAGGUUUUCUGCUAAAUGUAGAAUUAUGCAAUUAUAAUUUAAACAGAAGUAAUAGACAAACUUUUACUUCCUUUCAUUUGCAGAUGAUAUUAUGUAGGCAGAAGAUCCAUACUCAAGAUACUAUAGUAAGAAAAUAUUAGCCAUUGCAUGCUUUCUCUGAUGGAUAACUGGAUUUUGUACCUUUUGUAUAUCAGUAGCAUUCUUGAUAGGACAGAAGUAUUCUAAUUGGAUAAUGUCCUGAAAGUACUCAUUAUAUUUUCUUCAAAAAAUUACCAUCCUACUUAUAACACUCCCAUUAAUUAUUUUUCUAAAAUUCCAAGAUCUUUCUCUUAUAUUAGUACAACAUAUUCUAAGAAUCCUUAAUAAGAAAAAACUAACCGAGGGUAACAGGUUUAUAAAAAAUUGAUGGAGUUAUUUCUUCUCCCAUUCUGCAGUUAUGGGUGUGCCGCCUCAGUCUUUAAUGUACCUCACAUUUGGUGCUACAUUUACCAGAACGUCACAGUUUUUGUAAAAACACCUAUUAAUCUUUACAGUCCAUUAAUAUACCUGUCUAAUCAGAUUUUUAAAAACAACAAAAAGAAAAGCAGGAGAAGGACCUUCAGCACUUUUAUUAUUGCAACUCUAGUCUUAAUUUAUCUGGUCUUCAAGUCUAAGGUACUGUUAAAAGUUUCAGUCCACAAAAGAUUUAUUGCUUUUAGGUCAGAUGAUUUCUAUUGAUAAUAAAUAACUCAGUUAUAUAAUGUUCAGGAAACUUGUAGGCAUACAUGUCUGAUACUUUACAUUUCAAUAGACUAUUUUAAAGACCAUUUAGGGCUUUAAAUUUUGGGGUAUAAAUGUGGGAGGCUAAGUUAAGUUUCCUAAAUGAAGAAUAAUUGUAGAACAUUGUGUGGAAUUUGGUUUGAGAAUAUAUCACUAGGGAAAUGGGUAGGGAUUUUUCUCCUUUUUAUCUUCAGGGAAUGAGCAGUAUUUAGAAUCUUUGAUUGAAAUUCAAGCCUUUUUACCGUGUAAAUUUUAAUAUAAAUUUACUGACAAGCUUUUACAUCAGAGGACUGAAAAUGGAUCUUAAUGUUUAAGUAGUUGGAUGAUAUAUUUGUUAUGCCAUUAACUUGUUGAAUGGUAUAUUUCUUAAAUGAAGGGAGAAUUUUAAAAAACAAACUAGAGUAGCAUACCAGCAUUAGUGAUCUUAAGGGAUUUUAUAAUAUGUUAUAGAGAAAAUACAUUAAAAUCUAACCUUGAAUUGCUAGUCUGUAAUUAGGUGCAUCCUAUAUUUAAGUUGUUGGAAAGAGGGUCCGUGGCGGCUGUCGUGUGCCCUAGCCUCAAAGAAAAAAACCUGACAGAUGGCAACUUCUCUUGAGUCCUAUUUGGGGUAGCGAUCUAUGGGACCUUUGUUUACAGUAGCUAACUACUGCUUAAACAUGUAUAAAUAUGUUUUGAGUGUUUGCUCAUAACUUUCUAACCUCCACUCAAUCGUCAAAUGUUGGUAUUUUAUCAGUCCACAGUGUAAGUUUUAAACUAAUGUGCUUAGGAUUCCAGCUUGUACACACACUGUUUGAAAACCCUCAGGGACAGUUUACACACUACCCUCAUUCAAUUCAGGUACUUGUACACUAUUCUUAAACCUAGCAGUGACUCGUGGGGUUUUUUUUGUUUUUGCUUUUUUUAAUGUGCUAAUAGCGCAUCCUUGAUGAAUGUCAAUUUAAACUCAGUUCAGGUAUCCAGGUAUAACUCAGCCAAACGGAUUUUAAAGCUGCAUAUUACUCUCCAGCACGCAGUGCCUCAGACACGUAGUGGCAUUCUGUAUAUUCAGUUAUUACUACUGAGCAAGAUCGCAGGGGGGGUUCCUGAUAAUUAUGUAUUGUAAGAAAUUUCUAUAUAUAGUAUGUGUAUUAUGAUAUAUACAUAUAUAUUAUAUAUGUAAUCUUAAAUAUUUAAAAAUGCCACUACCAAGCCAGCACAGCUAAUGUCAAAUACAUUCCUACUUGCCUCUGUAAAUAGAGCAGGGGCAGCUUCUCAGUCUAGCUGUGGUUUCUCCUUCAUCCUAGGUACUUCUAAGCUUGAGCACUGGCCCUUGGAUGUCUGACCUCUACAUUCUAGUUAUGCAAUGUCUCUAGGAAUUCUGUGCACUGGCCACUGUGAUGGAAGCCAAUGGGUCAGAUGGGCUCGAGUUUAUUAGUAACCCUUCUGCCAAAGUUGAUGUAAUAUGGCAAGUGUGUAAAUUUUUCAAAUAAUCAGCAGGAGCACAUAUGUUGUGGAAACAGUAUGAUCAUUUCCAAAUUGUAGCCCUUUUCAGGUGUUUCACCUCUAGUUGCCGUACAUUGAUAAUGACUGAAUUGGGAUUUCACAGCUCUAAUAAUGGGUCUGUUGGUGAACAUUAAAGUUGGUGUGAGUAACAUAUUAGAAUAACUACAACUGCUUGUACUGGCAUCAGUUUCACUGUAACUAAACACUAAUGAUGCUUCUGUAUUAUUAUUUGAUGCUUUUACACUUUAGAAAGUUCUCUGCAUGUAAAAUAUGGGAAAAUGGCAUUUUUACAGACCUCUAAAAGUAUAAGUGUCAUGGAAAAAUAAAGCAGGAACCCCCUUUUUAAUCUAUGGACCUCAUUUCAAUAUACUGUUUACAGUUUGACGGAAUUGUAUAAGUUAAUAUUUCUCUUGUACUGUAGCUUGUAUUUAUUUACAGAUUUUUUGUACUGUGUGAUUUGAACUUUUUUUGUUCCUUGCUAUGAUCAACAUUUUAUGUAGUAGAGCACUUAUGAUCACAAAUUAAGGUUUUUGGUUUGAUUGCACUACAUUUAAUUUUUAAUGCAGUUCUGAUUUUUUGACUGGACUUAAUAAGCUGUGUCUUAAUAUAUGUGAUAAGUACUUAUAAAAUUUUAAUUCAUGUGGUUCUCUCUCUCUCUCUCUCUCUCUCUUUUCAUUGUAUGUCAAAAUGCUGAUUCUAUUGUGCAUGUAUAAGGGUUAAACAACCCUCUUGUAUUUGGCCAUGUCAUUUUGGAAACACAUUCCCAGCUGUAAUAUGUAUGGUAGUUUUCACUGGAUGCUAGACUUUUCAGAACCACUAUUCUUCUAAUAAAUUUUGUUGUGAAAA